AUGAAUUCGGAAUUGUAAAUGAAGAGAGAACAGUUUAUGGUUCAAAUCAGAAAGCAGGCUCGCGAGGAGAUUUUCUCUAAGAAAAGACAGACGAGCCUCGGGUAGGAGGGGGAAGUGGUGGAGCGGUGCAAUCCCGACGAGAUAAUCAAUUUCAUAUAUCAGACUUAUUUGGAGUAGGAUUUCAAACAUUUAGCUCGGUUGUUGAAACAAUACAAUUUGAAUUACUUGAAAUUGUUGGAGGAGUAGAACAUUAAUGAUCUGCCCAUUCUGAAUCAAUUCAUCACUCACUUUAGCACCAAUGGCAAUAGUUUAAAAUUAUUCUUUGAUAUAAUUCGAAUGAGUGGCAUUCCCUUAGAAAUCAAUCUGACAUCGGAUAGGUUGAUGUGCAUAAUCCAAGUGUUGGUAAUCUUGAUCAAUUUCACCUAUUUGGAGAGGAAGGAUAUUGUGGAGAAUCUCUUGCAAAACGAUUUGAUCACUCUCUUAUUGAAGGAUUUGAUGAGUAGAAUGGUAUCACCUGAUAAAGUUCAGAUUCACUUUGAUAGAUGGUGUGAGAUUCUUGAGAGUAUUUGCCUAAUUUUGAUAAACGUCUAAUUUGAAUUGGAUAAUCGAAAACUAUUGAUUUUUAGAGAGGAAACUCUCAGAUCUCAAUUAUUUAGAGUUUGGUCUAAAAUAUAUCCCAAAAACCCUAUAGCUAAAGCAUGGAGAGCCAUCCUGCUUUUGGAGUGCAAAUUACUGGAAUCCAACGAGAUUGAUCUCGCUGACAUUCCCCAUUACAACUUUAAUUGCAUCAUCUCGCAAUGCACCUAUUUGAUAGAUAAGGUGCAAAUAGAAGAUGACAAUCUCUGUAAGAGAGUGCUGGAGAUCUUGUAAAGGCUGUCUGAAUUCAAAGUCACCUCAGCCUUGACCUUGACCUUGACUAAAUUCGUUUGGGAGAAGAUUCUGAAGUUGAAUCUGUUCCCACACAAGGUCUUCUCAAUCUUCACAAACUUCCUUGCAGAAAAGGACAAUGAUCAUUACAUCCUUCAGUAUUUGAUCGACAUCGGCUUGAUUGAAUCCAUGAUCAAUUCGCUCAUGAGUCUUGCAGAUGCACCCUUAAUCGAAAUAAUCUAUAAGUGCUUCAACAACAUUCUCUACUAUCCUCACGCUUUCACCGUUGAAAAAGCAAUCUCAGUGUUUAUACCCUUCCUUCACAAUUACUUCAACCAAUCUUCAAUCCUCAAAUAGGAACUUUGCAUGGAAUACCUAUUCCUACUGUAAACCCUCGUAGUUCAUUAAUAAUUGUCAGACUACCACCUGAACGAGAUCUUCAUUAACCUUGACUGCUUGAAAUACAUUAGCCAGAUGUUGCUCAUGUGUACUUCCUUAACCAAAUAUAUCGCUGAGUUGUUCAUUACAUUCCCAAAACUACCAGAGGAAUUCAAAUCAAUUAUCUUAGAGAAGGUGGAUAAUUAUGACUUCGUGGAGAUUCUAAACAAUCAAGCUACGAUGAGCAAGGAUGAUGGAUGCAUCAAUUUAAUAUUGAACCUAAUACAAUUAUGGGAACAGAACGAAUAGGAAAUAGUUAUAGUCUGA